AUGGCCUCCUCCUUCUUCUCCCUCGAAGGCCAAACAGCCCUCGUAACAGGCUGCACCCGCGGCAUCGGCGCCGCCGUAGCCCUAGGCCUCGCCGAGGCCGGCGCAGACGUCCUCCUCGUCCAGCGCGACGAGUCCUCCCAGUCCACAAAGCAAGCCAUCGAGAACCUCGGCCGCAAAGCGACAAUCUACACCGCCGACCUGUCAUCGCAGGAGAGCGUCGCCGCGCUGGUGCCGAAAGUCCUGAAAGAUGGCCACGAGAUUCGCAUCCUCGUCAACUGCGCGGGCAUCCAGAAGAGGCACCCGUGUGAAAAGUUCCCCGAUGAAGAUUUCAAUGCCGUCAUGCAAGUCAAUCUCACCUCCGUCUUCACCAUAACCCGCGACGUAGGAGCCCACAUGCUCACCCUGACCCCCCACCCGACCACCGGCCGCAAAGGCAGCGUCAUCAACUACGCCUCCCUCCUCACCUUCCAAGGAGGCUUCACCGUCCCCGCCUACGCCGCCUCCAAGGGCGCCGUCGGCCAGCUGACAAAGUCCUUCGCCAACGAGUGGACGUCCAAGGGGAUCACGGUGAAUGCUAUUGCUCCGGGGUACAUUGAGACGGAGAUGAACACCGCGCUGUUGAACGAUAAGGAGCGCCUGGCGAGUAUCAGUGCGAGAAUCCCCGCUGGGCGGUGGGGUACGCCUGAGGAUUUCAAGGGCACGUCGGUGUAUCUUGCGAGUCGGGCGAGUGGGUAUGUGAGUGGGCAUGUUUUGGUUGUUGAUGGUGGGUGGAUGGGACGGUGA